AUGGGAGCCGAGGUUGUCGCCCCCCCGUCCGUCGUCAAGGCGGACAUCAACUAUUACCUCGAGAUCGCCGACGGUGGCACCGACACCAUCUACCCCGGCACGGCUAAGGACAAGCUGCGACCGGGCAACCUAGUCCCUAUGGAUAUCACGGACCUGCGGGAAUGUAGCGAGGAGUUCACUUUGGAUACUCACGGCUUCCAGUUCGUGCCGCACAAGAGUGCCGAGUCAAACUUUACCGACGAUGCUACGAUCAAGCGCGUCGUAUACCCCGAGGCGGCCGAGUUGCUGAAGAGCGUGACCGGAGCCACCCGGGUCCAUCCGUUUUCCCACCUCGUCCGUCGCCAGCGGUGGGAGACGGCCGUCGAGGCCGCCAAAAACGCUGAGCCGACUGAGAUUAUCCCAAUCAUGACGCCGUCGCUACUCUGCCACGUCGACCAGUCCUACGACGGCGCUCAGCAGGUCCUCGACCAGAACUUCCCGGCAGAGGAGGCCGCGCGCUUCCGUAAGACCCGCUGGGCCAUCACCAACAUCUGGCGGCCGAUCGGGAGUCCGGCGCUGCGCGACCAGCUAGGAGUGUGCGACGCCCGGUCCUGCGACGAGGGGGACCUGCGCAAGGUGUUCGCGGUGCUGCCGGGCUCGGGUGCCGGCAGCCGCGUGUCGCGCGGUAAGGGCUUCGAAGUCUUCAACGUAGCCCACAACGAGAAACACAAGUGGUACUACGCCUCGCGCAUGACGCCCGAUGAGACCCUCAUGAUCAAGUGCUACGACUCGAAGCUCGACGGAACCGCGCGUCGGACUCCGCACACGGCCUUCCAGACCAAGUUCGACGUCGGCCCGCCCCGCCAGAGCAUCGAGGAUCCCGAGUAA